GGUUGAGCGAACACCAUGGCGCGCGGCCUCCACCAUCUCCUGCUCCUUGCAGCGCUCCUCCAGCUGCUUUCCACCACCUCCGCGGCGACCGCCGGCGACGUCGCGACUGGCAGUGGCAGCGAGAAGGUGCACGUGGCAAUCUACUACGAAUCCCUGUGCCCCUACUCGGUCCGCUUCGUGGCGAACCACCUCUUGAAGGCCUACAGGGACGGCCUGCUCGACGCCGCGGACCUCACCCUCGUCCCCUACGGCAACGCCAAGGUCAACGCGCACGGCGCCAUCACAUGUCAGCAUGGCCCCGAGGAAUGCCUUCUCAACACCGUGGAGGCUUGCGCCAUCGACGCCUGGCCGGACGUGAAAGUGCACCUCGGCUUCAUUUACUGCGUGUCGGACCUAGUGAUGAAGAACAAGCACCGGGAGUGGGAGUCGUGCAUCCAGAAACAGGGGCUUGACCCGAGGCCAGUCACGGAGUGCUACAAGGGCGAGCGUGGCCACAAUCUUUCGCUCGAGUAUGGGAAACAGACAGCUGCGCUCGUGCCUCCUCACCAGUUCGUUCCAUGGGUGGUGGUCGACGGCAAGCCGCUCUAUAACGAUUACGGGAACUUCAAAGCUUACGUCUGCAAGGCGUACAAGGGCUAUCCCCUCCUCGAGGCGUGUCGAAGCCUGGGCCUGGAGGCAGACAACAAUGUAUACGGCCCACUUUGAUCGUGCCGAUGAUGAUGCCAUCGGCAACAUUAGGAUGGUCCUGCCGGAUGAUGAUAAUAAUAAUUGAUAAGUUAUGUUUCCUUUUGGGGAUCAUACAUCUAAACAUAGGGCAGUUCAAUCUCUCUGUUAAGGUUAAUAAAUCGAGUGGUUGUGCUCUUA